UAAGCUACCAAUCUAUGGAAGUAAAGAUGGCAAACCAACCAUUCAUUGUCCCACACGACACUUAAAGUUCCAGCAAGGAAUCACUACACACUAACAUCUUAUUUACAUUCUCUUCCGUUCUUCUCUUCAUUCAUCUCUUUUCACGAAAAAAAAAAAAGGAACCAUGGAAGGGAGAAUGGGACUAUUGUUUCUUUUUGUAUUGGGUGGUGCGUGGGCUUGUGAUGCAAGAGAGUUGGAAAACCUUGGCUCUUCUGAACUAAGCAGAAAUCUAGAUGUGUGUGGACUUUGUAUAGAAUAUGCCUCCAUGGCACUUCGUUUUCUAAAUGAAAAUAAGACCCAUACUGAAAUCAUUGAUAUCCUUCACCAUUCUUGCGAACAGCUUCCCGCUUUUAAGCAGAAGUGCAUCUCUUUGGUGGACAAGUAUGCUCCCAUUUUCUUCUUAGAAGUAUCUAUAAUUAAGCCUGAUGAAUUCUGCCGCAAGAUCAGUCUCUGUCAGCAAAUUGCAGAUAUGGCCUUGCUAGUUCAAGAAAAUAGCUGUGCGUUUUGCAAAGAUACUAUCUCAGCACUGUUGGCUAAGUUGAAAGAUCCUGACACUGAGCUAGAGAUAGUUGAGAAACUACUGCAGGUGUGCAAUACUGUGGAGAAGUAUGCAAAUAAGUGCAAGAGGAUCGUGUUCGAGUAUGGACCCAUGAUUUUUGAGAAUGCAGAGAAAUUCCUGGAGACAACAGACAUAUGCACUGUAUUACAUGCCUGCAAGGCUUCAACAGCAGUUGACCAACAAAGCCUUUUUUUCUAACUCUUAAUCAUGGAAACAAAGUUUUAUCAGAUUUAUGGUGCACUUGUUGCUAAAUAUUUCCAUGUAAUAUAUUGAGACAAAUAAAAUAUAACUUUGAUAUAUCAUCUAAAGUUGUUGUUAUACUAUCCAAUGACGUGUUGGCACAUCAUUAGAAAAGUUAUACUUCUUAUGGGUGGUGUUGUGAUACUCAAGUUUGUUAGUUGAAAAUACAUGAUGUUUACAUGCAGUUUAUCAAAAGAAAUU